CAUACAGACUACGUUCGACUGACAAAUAGCAACGCUUAUUAAAAAAAAAAGUAGUUUCCUCCUGCAUGAAAUGAAAUGAAAUGCAGUGUCAGAUAGUCCUAGGCCGGAGCAUCAACUGCUAGUCUAUAGCCUCUACUCGCCCACCACCACCAGUCCACCACUCUCUUCACAGCAGCUCAUUUCGCUCGUGCAGGUGCAGGAAUCAAACCACCAUCGCCGCCCCGUCCCCCGGUUCAUGUCCUGCUGGUGCUCAUGUCGCCGCCUCUCCAGCACGACUACAUAGGCCUCAAGGGUACCGAGCUUCGCCUCGGCCUCCCGGGCUCCGAGUCGCCCGACCGCCGCCCCGCCGCCACCCUGGACCUGCUGCCGGCCAAGGGUGCCAAGCGCGUGUUCGCCCACGAGGUCCCGCCGCCGGCGCCUGCACCGGCUGGGAAGGGCAAGGCGGAGGAGGAGGCCGAUGGAGAGGACAAGAAGGUCGCCGCGCCGCCGCAGCCGGCUGCCAAGGCUCAGGUGGUGGGAUGGCCACCAGUCCGCAGCUACCGCAAGAACACUAUGGCUACCAGCCAGCUGAAGAGCAGCAAGGAGGAAGCUGAUGCCAAGAAGGGGCAGGGGUUUCUGUAUGUCAAGGUCAGCAUGGAUGGUGCGCCGUAUCUGAGGAAGGUCGACCUCAAAACUUACAAGAACUACAAGGAGCUGUCUUUGGGCCUUGAGAAAAUGUUUGUUGGCUUCAGCACCGGUAGGAGUGAGUCUAGUGUCAUUCCAGGGAAGGAUGGUGUAUCUGAGAGCAGAAACGAUGGUGAAUUUGUGCUGACUUAUGAAGAUAAAGACGGAGACUGGAUGUUGGUCGGCGACGUUCCAUGGGAGAUGUUCACUGACUCUUGCCGGAGGCUCAGGAUCAUGAAAGGUUCAGAUGCAAUUGGACUUGCUCCAAGGGCAGGGGAUAAGUCCAAGAACAAGAACUAAGUGGUUGCUGCCCACAGUCAGGCAUAGCGAAAGAUCAACUGACUGUAGGGCAGGAUCUCAGAACCAAGAAGUCAACAGUUUUAAGAGGAUAUCACCCAUAUCGUCUCUACUACGUAGUUUGUUGUUCCACCAGUAAAACCUUGUAAGACUCUUUUAUGUUAGGUUUGCGAUAUCUCCUAGAGACAUAUGCUCUAUUUGAUUAUGCCCAUGUCUUUGUAUGUGUAUCAUUUCCAUCCGUGUAAAUGGUUGGUUCGCAGUGUGCUACUGUUAUGACUGAGCAUGCCUACCUAUUUUGCUAGCGUUGUCCUGAACAGUUUGUCCCGUUACGUAAAUGUUCAUGAAGGUUGCAAAUCCAUUGUUUAUCUAACUUUAUUUGGAGCAAA